AUGCCCAUUGCUAUCUUUUCUUCCUCAACCCCAAUUCUUAAACGCCCAAAUUUGGACAGCAAUUUUUUCUUUCUCUGCCUCCAUGAACCAGCCAAGAGAAGUGCAAAAGCGGCUGUCUCAUCUAUUCUUCCAUCUAAGUUAUUUGGGAAGAAAGAAGAUGAACUGACUCAACUGUGGCAAAUGAAAACGGUAAAGUGCCGGAUGACUAUGAGAGUGAAGGGUCUAUUGAGGAAGCUACCUUUAUGGAGUCAGUUUCAGAUUCGAAUCCUAUUGAUGAAAAGCAACCAUUCUGAUAGGAGGAAGUACGAAGAUCCUCAUCAUGGUGAGGGGAAAAGCACACAUGAGGCGCAUAGAGAACAAUACGAGCAGGCCAAUGCACAAUGGAAAAAGGUGUUUGGGCAGCUGCACAUUUCUAACAAAAGCAGCAAAAAUGAUCUGCACCAGGCAAUUGCAGCUAAUGGCUGUGAUAUUGAGCAUGUUGCGUAUGAUUUUUUCACACAAGUGUUUGUAUUAUAUGAAGAAGAAAUUGCGGACUCUAAAGCCCAAGUGACUGCAAUUCAUAUGAUAAUUGGGACUCUCCAGAGGAUGAAUGUAUUUGGUGUUGAGAACAGAGAUACUUUGACACACAAAGCCACAGGAUAUUCAGCUUGGCUAUUGAAGAAGGCUAAUCAGUGCAGAGCUGUUUAUGCAUGUUCCCAUCUAUUUUGGGUUGAUGAUCAGGAUGGCAUAAAGGACGGCGAGAGGGUCCUCUAACAAUAAGCAAACCACUAGUUCUGCAAUCCAAGGGCUGAUAGAAUUAAUUAAUACUGAGAUGCAAAAUGAUUCCACAAACCCUGAUAGUGUGGCGGAUGCUUUCCUUGCCAGCACCUUGUGUUACAUUCAGUUCCAAAAACAAAAAGGCGGUGUAGUGGGUGAGAAAUUCAAUUCCGUUAAACUGUAAAUUGUUGAGUCAUGUAAAGAAGUAAUGCAUGGCAGUUAGAGAUGUAAAUAGGCGUUUAUUCUGAAUUUGGAUUUCAUAUUUGCUUGAUUAUAUCUUUUAUUAAACUGUAAAUUAUUGAGUCAUGUAAAUUGUAUUAUUUCUUUUAUUACCAAGAUUUACUUGAUUAAGAAAAUGCAUUGUAUUUUU